GUCAGCUAGUUUUAGUAUACAUAAAUACAUGAAUUGAACUAGAUUCAAAAUUCAGAGUUUUCAAAAUUCUGAGAAUAAGAAGUCGUUACUCAUCUUUCUUGUCGUUUACAUUGAGUUGACUUCUUUACUACCUCGUGCUAGGUAAAUGAAAUAGUCAGUCUCAUAUUCUAGUGGUCCUAGACCAAAAAUGAAGAUGUGGGGAUCCCGGCUUGCAUCUAUCAUUUCAGUCUUAUUUUCCUGUGUCGUCGUGGAUCCGUCAUGCUUUUACGGAGGUCCUUGUGCCGUAACGGCUUCUGCGGCAGCAAGAACCCCUGUAGUCGUGUCGAAUGCGGAUCAUGAUCAUGCGCCAUCGUCACAUACACAUAUGGACGAAGGAACUGUCGAAGAUGAUGAUGAUGAUGCAGAUGUGUCCUUGACUGCUGGCGCCCAUGGGCAAUCCGCGAUCGAUGCCGUUCGCCUGGUCCUCGAAAAUCGUGGUCAGGACAGUGGCGGAGCGGCGCAGCUGGCCACCGCGUUCGAGCCGGUUGCUACGGAGGUAGAAACUUUGCUACAGACAACAGGCCGCUCAGUCACGCGCUUUCUCAGCGAGGUGCAAACAUGGAUGGAGAGCUGCGUGGCUUCCGCGUCGUCUACCGCCGGGACGUCUGCGACCUCCGAUAUUGAAAGUGGAACAGGCGAAGACGAUGAGUCGGACUGCGGAGCUGGUCCGAUGGUUGGCAAAAGUGUCAGUUUGCCGGCGCCAUCAUGCCAGGCGGCAGCCGCGCCGAGAGGUAGAAAGCCCAGCACCAUCACGUCGGGAAGGGGCCUCAAUCUAGGACCUCUACAUACGAGUAAAAUGGAUCUAGUAGACGUGCAGUCGCAAUCGUCGCAAGGUUCGUGGGCCUCCUCGACAACUAGAUAUAACAAGAUAGGUCAUGCUUGCUCUACGCGACAGAAAAUGCUGGAAAUGCAGAACCGGUCCAUUCAAGGCCGCAUAGACACUGCAAAAACGCGACUGCGACAAAUCGGCCAGCAUUUCGCAGUUCUGAGACCCUCCAGUCGCCAAUCUUCGGCGAAAAAGACAGCUGCAGCUGCCAGAAAAAAGACGACAUCUUCGGCGUUCGACAAUGGUGCCGGUGUAGGUCUUGACGCACCAGCUGUGGUGGGUUCUGCGCCGCAUUCGCAGACGGCUUCGACUAGAAGUGCGCCUCCUACCUUCGCGAAGCUGGAAACCUCGCCGAUGUGGACAAAUUUUGUCGCGAACGUAUACGCCGAUGCCCCCGAAGUCAAAUCCGUGGUGAUUGCCCGCUCGCGUGCACUCGCGAGGGAACUGGGCGCCUUGCUAGUGGGUUUUGCGGAAGCCCAAAAGCGAUUUGAACUCGCGAAGUUAGCGUCAAAGUGGAAGGGUAAACAAAUCACCACAUCUGCAAGUGCCGAAAACGAUUUGCGCCAAUUCAUAGCGGCUUUUGGGGAGAAGAAGCAAGACUUCACUUGUAGCAUUAUGAUGUUUUUUUUGUUUAUCCUGGUGCACCGCAAUAUUAAGAGUAAUUACACCUACAGUUGCGCUUGCCCAUAAUGGUGUCGUCGCAUAAAAGCACUAACACGACAAGGACAAGCACUGAAGAUAGUUAAGCGUAACAAGGCUGUUGCACCACCUGAAGGAGUUCAAGUCUUUUCUUUUCUAAUAGUGCAGAGAGAGAUCCUCGUGCGAUAGAAGUCACUGAAUGCGGAGAACCUUGCGUCUUUGGAGCUGCCUCUUGUUUCGGAAGUGGUGCUUCUCCUUGUGGGAAUCCAACGAGCACAGGCACCUCGGCCACAGGUCCUGCGACGUCUCCUCGUGGUGGCGGCCACGUACUAGAGACGAGUUCUGGAACACUCUUGAGCUUCGUUAGUGAUCCGAUGAAGAGCCGCGGCGAAGCGCCUGUGCAGGAUUAUCGUUCUUUACGAGCUGCAGAUGCACCAAUGCGAACGCCGAGUUGUAUCGGAAAAAUCCCUCAGCGCAGUGAGCCUAAGCUGAUACAGUGGAACCUGAGGCAGAAUCUCGGAUUGGUAGUGAAGGACGAGGAGGAAAUCGAUACUGAGGCAACACCACAUUUUGGGGCAGGGAAACAACAUCGGGGAGAAGCUCGGCAUGGUAGUAGUAGUAGUACAACGUUGACAGUAGCUGCAGGACCUACGGUUAUUCCUCGAGUAGCGCUUAAUGAUGUUGGUCUAGAAAACGCUAGAUAUCCACAAUGGGAGCGCGCAGCUCCGGUAUCGUCAGAAUCACUAGCAAGUUCCCAGUGCUAUGGAUUUACAUCCGGACGUAAUCGUUUGCCGCGGGCGACGGAGGAAGCGCUCACUGAUGACGAUGGGUGUCCGCCAGUUCCGAGCGAGAUGGACGACAGCAGCGUGGCGCACGAGGACACUUUUUCCCGGGCUCCAACCCAAAGAGGGCAUGGUGAAAAGUUACCGCAGAUUCAACAGGCUGGAAUGACUGGCGCGCCCUUCGGUUUUGGAGCGAGCCAGGAUUUGCACGCUGUCAUGCGCAAACAGAACAGUGAGACGAGCAUACAUCAACCACCUCCUGUUCAUCUGUAUUCUGCAAGCGAGGACUAUCCUUAUCCACCCACUGGUGCAGAGCCGCCCUUGCGCCUGCCGCCCUCUAGUGGCCGAACUCUGGAAAUGCGUCGAAACCAGAGUACGAGAGUGGGACGAUCUCUCGGACGAUUACUCUCGGGAGCAAGUGCACGAGGUCUCGGGUUCACGCGAGGGCCACGGCGGGGAUCGAAGUCUGGCGCGGAGGCUGGAGACGAGUCUGGCGUACAGCGAAUCUCUUCAACUACCACGUCAUACGCAGGUGAUGUUGGGCCAUUAUCUAGCACGACACUGGGGCGGCCCAGCAUCACCGGAAGAAUGAACCCCGUUGUUAGCACAGCUGCGAAUCGUGGAGGGGUGUUCACUAGCGGAGGCGUCGAACUUCCCCCACCUCAAACGCUAUCGAGCAAUACCAAAUACGAUAAUCCUGCUGCAGCUGAACGUGGCGGUCUAGCGUCGCGCAGGCCAGAUUUUCUGGACGCGAUAAAUGAUGAGCAGUCAGGGGAAGAGAACAAUUCGGGCGACGGAUCAGGCAUGUUGAUGUCAUCCACAAUGAGCAUGCCCGCACCAGGUCGACUCGCUUCAUCCACGCCUAGCCAACGAGUAUCUUCUACGGUUAGCCAACGAGUAUCGCAGCCCAUGGUGUACGCUGCAUCAUCCAGAACGGGGGCCACGCCUCACUCACGUCUGCAGCUGCGUACACCUGGCGGAGGCGCAAAUGGUCCUCAGCAUCUGCACCACGUUUUGGACCUUCACAACGUCGACAUCGGGAUCGAUUGUCCCCUCCCUGCCAUAAUGGAACCUGACAACGCCAUGCGACUUAUGACCUCAUCAUUUAAGUAGAAGAAUCAGAUUCAGAAUGAAAGACCAAGAGAAUAAAAGAAUGUUCUUGAUCACAACGUCAUGCGAAAAGAAUGGAAGUAUUCUAUGUAUACAGAUAUAUGAACGACCGUUUAAGUUUUCCCGCGUAGAUAUCUCUAGCCCUACAGCGAAAUACCAAAUAGAAAUUCGUCUAUUUCUUGUACAGCCGACUUGUCUACACUUUCAUAUCUCCAUCGCAUUCUGUGCAGUCUCAGUCUGGUGUUCCAGCAACGCCGAACGUCGCACGAAUGGAACAGGAAUUGUUCGUAAAUCGUAACGUUUUACAGCCUGCAUUUCUUCAGGACACAGCCGAGCUCAAAGACAAAAUCAGCAUCCUAGACUCGCGCCUAUCAGAGGAAAGCAAAAUUACGACCUAGUCUUAGACUCAUUCCAGCUUGGCCCACUACCCUUUAUCAUAUAUAUAGCGAUAGCGUCUACGAACGGGUACGGACACUCCUUUCCUUAUCCGUAAGAUCAUGAUUACGAAUGAAUAUAUACGUGAAAGAUCAAUAAAAGUAGGCGCAAAGUAUAACCGUUCCUAUCGCUAACUAGCCCCCUGGAGAGGUUCCCCAGGGAGAGAAGUCGAAGGGAAGACGAGACACUCGCUAGAAGAUCAGAUGGCACGUAAAGAAGCUAACUUUCAAAAUUCAUGCCCUAACUUUCAAAAUUCAUGUCCUAACUUUCAAAAUUCAUGUCCUAACUUUCAAAAUUCAUGCCCUAACUUUCAAAAUUCAUGUCCUAACUUUCAAAAUUCAUGUCCUAACUUUCAAAAUUCAUGUCCUAACUUUCAAAAUUCAUGUCCUAACUUUCAAAAUUCAUGUCCUAACUUUCAAAAUUCAUGUCCUAACUUUCAAAAUUCAUGUCCUAACUUUCAAAAUUCAUGUCCUAACUUUCAAAAUUCAUGUCCUAACUUUCAAAAUUCAUGUCCUAACUUUCAAAAUUCAUGUCCUAACUUUCAAAAUUCAUGUCCUAACUUUCAAAAUUCAUGUCCUAACUUUCAAAAUUCAUGUCCUAACUUUCAAAAUUCAUGUCCUAACUUUCAAAAUUCAUGUCCUAACUUUCAAAAUUCAUGUCCUAACUUUCAAAAUUCAUGUCCUAACUUUCAAAAUUCAUGUCCUAACUUUCAAAAUUCAUGUCCUAACUUUCAAAAUUCAUGUCCUAACUUUCAAAAUUCAUGUCCUAACUUUCAAAAUUCAUGUCCUAACUUUCAAAAUUCAUGUCCUAACUUUCAAAAUUCAUGUCCUAACUUUCAAAAUUCAUGUCCUAACUUUCAAAAUUCAUGUCCUAACUUUCAAAAUUCAUGUCCUAACUUUCAAAAUUCAUGUCCUAACUUUCAAAAUUCAUGUCCUAACUUUCAAAAUUCAUGUCCUAACUUUCAAAAUUCAUGUCCUAACUUUCAAAAUUCAUGUCCUAACUUUCAAAAUUCAUGUCCUAACUUUCAAAAUUCAUGUCCUAACUUUCAAAAUUCAUGUCCUAACUUUCAAAAUUCAUGUCCUAACUUUCAAAAUUCAUGUCCUAACUUUCAAAAUUCAUGUCCUAACUUUCAAAAUUCAUGUCCUAACUUUCAAAAUUCAUGUCCUAACUUUCAAAAUUCAUGUCCUAACUUUCAAAAUUCAUGUCCUAACUUUCAAAAUUCAUGCCCUAACUUUCAAAAUUCAUGUCCUAACUUUCAGAAUUCAUGUCCUAACUUCGAAGGUUAGGGCCCAAAACGUAGGUAAGCGCCGAACUCAAAACGUAAACUCAAAAUGUAAAUUCAAAAUUCAAAAUUCAAAAUGUAAAUUCAAAAUUCAAAAUGUAAAUUCAAAAUAUAUAAAGAAAAAUCAAAAUUCAAAAUGUAAAUUCAAAAUUCAAAAAGAGAACUCAAAAUCAAAAAAGAAAAAUCAAAAUCAAAAAAGAGAAAUCAAAAAAGAAAAAUCAAAAUUAAAAAAGAAAAAUCAAAAUCAAAAAUAAGAAAAGAAAACCAAGGCAAAACUUUAUAAGUAAAUAGAUUAAUAUCCUCUAAUGAUUUGCUCGCCACACUCUUUGCGGAACAGAGCAAACGGCAGACGGAUUUUUUAGUGAAGACGAUGAUUGAGCAGCACAGCCUGUUGCUGGAGGAGUUGCAGAAAAUCUCAAAAAAUCAAGUAGAAUUCGAGGAGAAACGAAAAAAGCAAUUCGGUAUUCUUCAGAAACGACUUGAACAGCUCAGCGUAAAAAUCGACAACGUCGACGGAAAAAUCACGGUAUAGCUACCUAUUAUAGAUACAUAGACAGCUUCUUGCAGAGAACCACGGGAGUCGCUGGUGCAUCAUGAAGUAGGAGAACCUCGAAAAUCUAGAGAAAUCUAAUCGAAACUAGUGCUUUCUUCGCAAGCACAACUUGUAGUCGCAGCUUUUUCACUAUAGAUAGAGUGAUAUGUUGAAAACUACUACUACCACUACAACGACAGGUUUUGGAUUCGAAGGUUGAUCACCUGGACGAUGACAUUCAUGAUUUGGAGAGUGACGUAGGAGAUGUCGCAAAGACGGUGAACAGUAUCAUGUGGUCAGCCACUUGUCUUCGUUGGAUCGCAUGCAGCGUGGGCACCGCCUUCCUUGCAGGUCUAGUCGUAGUCGGCGUCCUCGCGAUUCUGUAGCCGAAGGUGGGGACGGUCCGCGCUCAGCGGUUUCGUACUAAGACGGAGAAAGAGGAUGUUGAUCUUACUGAUAUUGUCUUGUUUGAUUGCUGGAUCUGGAGUUGGACAAUUAUUUAGCUUUGUGGUUAUAAUAUAGAUACUGUUCGUUGAAAAUAUAUUGAACUCUGGUUCCGUUGUACUCCUACCCACCAGUCGUGGCUCACUUAACCUUGUUGAGCAGUUAUAGGUCACGCGAUAAAGUAAGUCUGCCAAAACCAAAUAUAGCCGUGUCUCGACUGGGAAUGACAAUGAGACUAGUUGCGCCCAGUAUUAUUUAACGGGAAGCAGACCAUAUGAUAAUGAUAUUGUCCUCACUUUUGUUUUUGAGAAUUUAUACAACCAGACGGAUAUUGAAGAGUGAUGAAUGAUUCUUACUCAUACAUAUUGAAAGUAUGGUUACAGUGCAUAUGUAUUCUAUAGCUUCACAUCACGAGCCAUUUUCCUCACAAGAAUUGUUUCCAUGGGAACACAUAGUACAUACACAAGUAAAGAACCUGUGAGACACCACAUGAUUUUCAUUUAUCGGUUCCGGGUUCCAUCCAUCAUUCACGAUAAUGUUGUUACAUUUUUACCGCCCAUGUUCUAGCUCCUACGUUUUUGUCUGGCUGCUGAUGCAUAGGUUGCAGCUGUAUUCGAUCUAACAUUUGUUGUCUGUGAAAUUUCAAAGAACAUGAAAAACGAUACAAAAACAUCUUCUUGACAUGGCAUCAUGACUCCUCAAGAUAUCGCUUUUUGAUGAAUUCAAUUUGGCGAGUAGAACCUCCCUUGUCCUCUCGGUUCUUCUUAUAUAGUUUUGAU